GAGUCCAUGGUCACCAAAAAUCAAAACUCAAAGACUUUCAAAGCACAGAAAUGAGCUCCUCAAUUAGAUCAGCUUGGGUUGUAGCUGCCAGUGUCGGCGUUGUUGAGGCCCUCAAGGAUCAAGGGAUUUGCCGGUGGAAUAACGUCUUAAGAUCGGCGCAAUUCUACGCCAAAAACCAUGUUGGGUCAGUUUCUCAGGCCAAGAAGUUUUCCUCCUCCGCCGCCGCCGCCGCCGUGGCUUCCGGCAAGCAGCAGAAUCAGUCGGAGGAAUCUCUGAGGACGGUCAUGUACCUCAGCUGUUGGGGUCCUAAUAAUUGAACCGCCUCUGAGCUUCAAAGAUACGCUUGAAAAACAUUGAAAUCGAGAUUACGGCGGGACCGGCGGCGGUUCGAGCGGAGUGACACCGCCGGGCGCGGUGGUGGAGUUGUUGAGCUGAUAUAGAUAUUGAUAUGGUUUGGGGAUGUUAUUAAUGGGAUGCUUUGGGCGUUUGAUUCGUAUAUGAACAAUUGUAAAAGCAAUUCCCCUUAGUUCUUGUUUCUUUAUUAAAUACAAUUGAUUCCUAAUUUCUUUACAUUA